ACCUAGGGCUGGGUAUAUAUAGGGGUGCAUGAAGGCUGGGUAGACCAUUUGAGAGGCUUGAAUAUGGCUCAUGAGACCUCCAGGCCAGAAGAGACCAACAAAAAGACAGACCAGCCCAUGAUGAACAAGGAACAGCCAACUCCAAGAACCAAAGGAAAGAAACAAAAGAAGACCACCUCUCAAAAGAAGACCACCUCUCAACCGAAGACCACCUCUCAACAGAAGACCACCUCUCAACAGAAGCCCACGUCUCAACCGAAGACCACCUUACAACAGAAGACCACCUCUCCACAGAAGCCCACGUCUCAACAAAAGCCCACGUCUCAACAGAAGCCCACGUCUCAACAGAAGCCCACCACUCAACAGAAGACCACCUCUCAAAAGAAGACCAACAAGAGUUGCAAGAAGAAAACUGAGAAGACCAAAACACCCGCUCGAAAGAAUUCGAGAAAAAAACAUCAGUCGCCCUCAGAAAAUUGUACCACAGUCAUAAGGCCAACGAUAUUCGUCUGUUACCACAAGCUGAAAAUGGCACGACAUGAAAACAAGCAGCGCAAGAAGGAACACUGGAAAAUCCAACCGUGCAAAGUAACUUACUGUACAGCUAGAAAAUGUAGAGCCUGGGCCAAAAAACUAGAGCAAGCUACAGCAGCUUCUGAAGCGGCUGUGGAAAAAUGGUCCAAAGCCUAGGAAUUAAAUCUGAUGCCACGUGUUCAAGGAUGUUGAU